CGAGGGGCCAAUCGUGGCGGAUCGAGGCUCUUAGUCAUUGUCUUGGUACCUGCAACCAUUGCCUCUGCCAUUGCCACAUGCCGCCAUAACCCAACACUCAACCUCGCAGGAUCCGCUGUUUUAUCCAUCAGCGUUCUCUGGGGAACACUUGCCAUCGUGAAGGAUACCAGAUCAAGUCGCUAGAAUUGUCACCUGGGCCCCGACCGACUCUCCUGAAUAUACUGGAGAUCGCCCGCACAAGUACCUCCUCCACCUCGCCGAAAGAGCGCAUCGUCGGGUCAAUCUCCAGCCAAGAUGCCCCUAACUGUCCUCACCGAUGCAGAUGUCAGGGAACUGCUGUAUACCCUGACCAAGGAGGAUAUCGACGAGCUCCAAGCCAACCUCGCCGAGGCCCUUCAUUCAUACUCCACAGGCGAUACCAAUUCGCCCUGUUGCGCAUCUUUCCAGCCACAACGUACUAUCAUCAAGAAGAAUGGCGUCACCACCCUGUUCAUGCCAGCAUCCACGGGGAACUCUGUAGGGAUGAAGAUCGUGUCGCUUCAGCAACCUGAGAUAUCCCUCCACAGCAAGUCUUCGGUCUCGUCGGGCAAUUCUGAAAGUCAUUCUGGAACCCCUACAGGCAGCAUGUCCUCCUCUGCCUCAGUCAAGUCUGCGACGAAUGAAUUCGGCUCCAUGACCCUGACUCCGUCAUCCACCAUGUCAUCCGGAAGAGACUCAAUCGAUGGCUCUUCUUUCCAACCCCCUGCGUCGGUUGCUAGCUCUCGCAGUACCACACCGAAGGGAUCUGUCACCCUCCUCGACUCCGCUGGAAACCCCAUGGGUAUCGUUAAUGCCGAAGAACUCACGGCUUUCAGAACAGCGCUGGCUUCCACUUUGAUGCUGAAGAAGCGAGAGAAUGUCCACACUGUGACCGUCUUUGGUGCAGGAAAGCAGGCAUACUGGCACAUCAGACUGGCACUGAUACUAAAGGGCGACCAAAUCCGACAUGUCAACAUCAUCAACCGCAGCUUCGAGAGGUCCAUUAAAUUGAUGAAAGCAUUCCAAAUCACACAAGACUUCAACGACCAAUGGCGCAAAGACAUUAAGUUCUCAGCCAUGAGCCCGGAGUUUGGUGAAUAUGGCCGACUACUGAAGGAGGAAGUUCGGAAAGCGGAUGUUAUUUUCUGUUGCACGCCGUCCGUCGAUCCCCUAUUUCCAGCCGAGUUCCUGACGUCGCGCGAAGGACGAAGGAAAGGCAGAUAUAUCGUGGCCAUUGGCUCCUACGCACCACACAUGUGUGAGAUUCAUCCCGACAUCUUGAAAGUUGCAGUUGAACCCGCUCACGGCGGGCAUCAUCAUCACCGACAUGCUAGGCAAGGGGGAGUGAUUGUUGUCGACAGCCUGGAAUCAUGUCUAAAAGAGGCCGGCGAGAUUGUCAAGGCGAAGUUGAAACCUGAACAUCUGGUUGAGAUCGGCGAACUCAUGAUGAUCAAGAAGGCUGCGACGAGAGAGAUUGAGCUUGGAGGACCAGGCGAGCAAGGGCUCCUUGACUGGCUGACCAAGGGCAAUGUCAUCUACAAGAGCGUUGGCAUGGGACUUCUGGAUCUCGUGGUUGCUAGCGAUCUCAUUCGAAUGGGCAAGGAGAAAGACGUUGGCGUGACCAUUGAGGAUUUCUGAGUUGCCAUGGAGAAGACUCUGCGUUGGCGGGAAGGUAGGCAUGCGGCCCCCCCUCUGUAUUUUUUCUGUUGGGCUGUUUGCCACAAUGGUGUAUUCCUGUUGGGUGGAACCUUGAUUUUCUUCUCCUUUUUCCUGCAGAUUUCAACUCGAGGAAUGCCAGAAUGGCACCCGAGGUGUCACCCCAGUGGUGGUAUGCAAGCACUUACAUGGGCAGCGUGAAUAGAUAUACCUGAGUAGCUAGAGCUAAUGUGACAUGAUAUUCCCUUGACAGCUGCAGAUGAACACACGUGUUGGAUGAAGAUAACAGCAUCGAUGCCAUCUUGCUGUCAGCCAGAAGCAUAUGUCUUCGACCACUCCAUGCCUAUGUUGUCGUCUG